GGUGCCUGCCGGGAUUGUAGGAGUAAUCAAACCCAUGAUAAAAAACAUAAAUACUGAAAACCCUGGCCAUAAAGAUCUAGUCGAGUCAAAGUAUGCUACGUACCAGGAAACAAGGAGAUCGAUUUCUUUAACAGUAACUUAUUAGUCAGAAUAUCAUCUUGCUACUAUUUCUGUUUAUUUUCGGCGUAUCGUUCAUUGUCUUCUAUCUCCCUCGCUGAAAGUAUAAUUUAGGAGUCAUUCGAGCGGUUUCGCUACCGUGGCCUUUAAACACCACCUUAUUCGCAUAGACCCUAGCGGAGCCUAGCCUUUCCUUCUUUCCAACUCACCACUCGUCCUAUCAUGUUGCCCACGCGUUACUGUUUAUAACACUGACCACACUGGUGUCAUAUGCAUUUUCUCCUCUUUUUUACAUAUUUAUGGCAUUAAAAAAUUGAUCUUUAUGUUCCUUUAUCUUUAUGUUGCAAACUCUGAACACAUUUCAAGUAAUGAAAGUUAAGCUCACUUCUUUCAGCGAGAAAAUCUUAUUCGUUUGUCUUUUAAGGCCGACUUUCUUAUAAAAUCAGUUGAGGAAUUUCACGACCAUGGCUCAAUUUCGUGUCAGAGAAGUUUGUGAAAGUUUAUAUAGCACGCUGUUGUUCUGUCAGUAAGGUUUUGUUUUUGUUGUGGUGACUGACCAGUUUCUUGGGGAGAAAUCACAGACGCAUCACGCCCAUACCUGAGGUAUUUAUCAAUUAUCACUAUCCAGUGGCGAGGGAGGUUCUUGUACUUGAUUGGUUAGUCUUGUGUUUUCACGUCGGGAUUCAAAUCCGCACAUCAAGUCUGUUCACAGGUUUGAAAAUCGCCCGUUGAAGGUGUCGCUACGUCUAGUUCCGGUGAUACAGCAACCAAGUAAAGAAGGAUACAGGAAUAUUUGGCUCUACAAACAAAUUCCCAUUGAUAAUCGACGCGUUAUUCAAAUGAAAUAGGGCAUAAUUACACGUCAAACAGUUGGAAUUGAUCUCUGUUUGCCAAUGCUGUCACUUUGGAUAGCUAAGUGGUUUCCCUCCGGCCUACCUGUCAAGAACAGAAAAUUUAGACAGACAAACACGAGCUUGAAGGCAUCAUACGGAAGGCUACAGAUGCAGCCUCUUUCUUUAAAGAACUGAACAUUCACCGAGGUGGAUUCUAAAUUACUGCUCCUGGAAAUUUUAUUGUUGUUGGUGUCAGUUAACCCACAUUUCUCUUACUUGAGUAUUUAUCGCUCUGCCAUGGAAGAGGCAGCUGGUUUAGAGAGACAGUCACGAAUUUUUAAGCCAACAAUCCUUUUUUACAACCAUUCAGACGAUCGAAUGUCAAAACAUAAAACCAUUGAGGGGCCUACACAGUUACCAGUUUUGAAAAAGUUUCCACUGAACAGCCAACAACUAAAUCCAUGGCUUCAAGCAUCAGCAUCCCAUCCGGUUAUUCCAGAGAUGAUUACCUCCACGAAGAGAGUCCCGUGCCCUCUGGGGUGCACUCAGGUGAACUAUUCUAAUCAAGGGGUCGCUGUGUCACAACAGGAUUUUAUGGAAACUGACGCAGGUAGCAAAGGAAUACUCCCAAGCCUUAGUUCUCCUCAGGACGGAUUGUCAUCUCGAAUUUUAUCAGGGCUAGAUAAGGAAAGAAUGUCACAAAGCAUCAAUAAAUUGUUCUCUAACGUUGACUCUAGGGGGGCGUUUGAUAGAAGCAGUUGUGCCCAGUCUCAAAUGUUUGUUGAUUCAAAAAAUGGAACAAAUAUAAGGAAAAACGUUUUCUUGUCCUCAGAUAACUCUGAAUGCAUUACUCAAAAACAUUUUGUUGAGGAAAGCAGAAAACAUACGGGUAAAAAAAGAUACAACUGUCCAUUUUGUGCUGUAACUUGUAGUAACAUGGGUCAGCUUAGGGGACACCUUCGCUGCCAUACUGGAGAGCGACCAUUCAUCUGCAGUUUUAAAGGAUGUUCCAGGAAAUUUGCACGAAACGAGGAGCUGACACGUCACAAAAGGAUCCACUCUGGGGUCCGACCAUUUACCUGCGGGUCUUGCAAGAAAUCGUUUGGAAGGAAGGACCAUUUGCAGAAGCACGAAAAGACUCAUUUGAACCCAAAUGAGAAGAAAGUCUAUGCUUGUCCUGUUUGUAAACAAGGUUACAGUAGGUCUGAUGCACUUGCAAGACAUAAAGUGACCGCUCAUUCGAACCAAAAUUGCAGGACGCAAAAGUAAUAUUUAUAGGACGUCUUCUAAACUACGAUGGGAUAGGUGUUUAAAGGCUUUUUCAGUAAUUUAUUUUGGUAAUGGAUGAUGCUUGGAUAAAGCUAUAGUGAAUCCUUGAGCAGGGGAGACACAAAAUGUGCCGUAAAAGAGCAAAACAUAAGUUAAGAUGUCGUGGACACCACCCUGUUUAUUGGCUUGUGCCCUUAUUUUUCCCCUACCCCGAAUGGUGGUGCCAGGACUAAUUACCCCCCAUAUUAGUCAAGACAUGGUCAGCAUAAUUUCUCUGAAAACUGAUAAAAAUGUAUAAGGUAGGAGUAGGAGAUAUUUUCACAAAAUUCCUCUAAGUGAAAUACACCAGGUAUAAGUAAAAUAAAACACUAAGAUAAGGCAAUAAGGGUAACGGGUGUGGUCUCAUGGCUCACACCCAUUAUCACUCUGCAGUCGCUGCCAUCCCACUCCCCUUGAUCUGAACGCAUCAGAAAUUUGAUCUUGGAGAUUAAUGGGGGUCGUUUUUACUUUGCUCGCUGGUGGCAGGGGCAUGCCUUGAGAAUUGUGCGCAAGCUAUUGCUUUGUUACCCCCCUCCCCUUUGGCUGCCCAAUUUAGUCGCUUAAAACGUAAUCUGGUUUUUGUGACAGCCUUAAUCACAGAUGUUUAGCCUUGCAUGCUUCAACAGGUUGAGCAGAAAGUUUGUAUGUCGAACACUUCAUGAUUCACGUCUUUAGAAAAGAAGUUUUUCUUUUCACUUUAUCCAAAAACCCUUACAACACAACCUGUUUAUAGAAUAAAAAUUAGAGGAAAAUACUUGACUCGUUUUGUUUGGUGUGUUACAGUUGAAAUUAAUGCUUUUAAGAAUGAAGGUAUAACAUUGAAAAAACCACAACAUCCCUUUCUGUAACGGGUUGGUGAGCAAGUGAAUGAAUGUUUUUACAUCUCUUUAUCACCCCUGGCUGAAAUGAGAAAUUCUACCCUGGCUGAGUAAGAAAAGGGUCAUCACGUCUCUCUCGCCAUGACGACUAUGGAAUCCCUUGCAGAAUUUUCAGGCAGCCUUUCCACUAGCCCGGACUAAAACAAGACCGGGUUAAAAGUUGUCCUUUUUUAAAAUGAGUCAAUGGAAACGGCAUUUUUCUUCGACCUGUUUUUAAUCCAUUUUUGAUCGUUACCACUAAACUGGGUUAAAAUGUAUUCAGGGUGAAAGGUUGUAAGAGAAAUCAGUAUUUGCAUCAAUAAUCCUUCAAUUUCCAUCGUUGUGCGCCAUCUCAAUUCUUAACGUUGCUGUUGUUGCAAGUGGGUCAGAAGUUUUCCAGGUUUUGGCGUUUCCGUUAACUCGCAGGUGGGUCAAAAGAUACACGGGUUAAAACUGACCCACUCUGAGACCCGUUUUCAAACUUAUCCGUUUUUUAAGUGGGUUAGGGGAAACGCGACGUAGAAACAGAUAACUUUUAAUCCGUUUUUGUUUUAACCCGGGCUAGUGGAAAGGCUGCCUCAGUUGAAUGCUUCUCGAACGUUUACCAACACUGGCUAUUUAUAGCUACCUUUCCCAGCGCACAAUUGGUAAUUACAUUUACUGUUGAAAAAUGUAUCACCUGAUUAUGACAUGUAAACACAGUAGAUUUUUGUCGUUUUUAGCUUGCAUUGGAAAAGCAUUGAAAUAUAAGCCUCGCUGUCAUUCUUAAUUAAUUCUUAGAUUUCACCGAUACAAAGCCCUAAAAUCCAUAUUUUUAUGAAAUGCAUUCUUAUAAAAAGUGAUUACUGCCUCCAACUGCCUCUCGUCAAACUUCUGAACCUUUAUCAAGAAAAUAGUUGAAUCCAGGGUUCUCCUUUAAUCAUUGAAUUUACAUACAACAUCGCUCUGAAACUUUUACCUAUAUACAUGAAUAUAACUUGACGGCAAUCGGCAGAUACAAAAGUGGCAUAUGUCAUCUCUCAAUCAAUAUUGGCCAAUUAAUGAACGUGUGAGUAGAAUCACACACACUGAUUGGUCAAUUUUUUUAUUGAAAGCCCCUUUCAUAUAUGUCGACUGCCUUAUGAGAUUACCGUUUACGAGUCUUAAUAGUGCUUGAUGUCAUAUACACAGAACUGUACACGCUUAAAGCUGCAACUCAGAACCAGGGUUGCCAGAUUCGCCUUUUUAUUGCCUGAAAAAUUUCUUUUUGGCCUACUACUUAAAUCUGGCCUUUAAACAUUAUGAGGUCAUCAUUUUGUUUAAUAUAAACUUUAAUAGUCUAAGUAAAAAAAUAAAUUAUGAAUUGAAAGAACAAUACUGCUCGGUGUAAACUCGAAUGUCAAAUAUUAUCAGCUAACCUAACGAUUAUCAGCAAAGGAUUUUUUUGAAGGAGAAAGUUUUUCAGUUUCUUGCUUGAGCCUGGAAAUUACCUAUAAGGCUCACGCAUGGAAAUAUAUACUGCACUUUGUGGUGUGUAUUUUUGGGGAAUUUUUUAAUGUGGCCUUUUUCUUUGCAUUUUGACCUGAAUUUGUCCUUCUUUAGUAAAUUUCAUCUGGCAACCCUGCUCAGAAUCGUCGUUUUUCGAUAACGGGAGAAGAAAAGUGUGCCUCAAGCUGGGUUCCUU